CUUCAUGCUUCCACUGGAUGGAAGAGCAGCAGGGUAGCUCUUUGGAAUCUGCAUUCCUGAUGCUUUGUCGGCUGUAAGAAUGCCUCCACAAUCAGGAGCUAGUGUUGGAAAGCCACAACCUGGCCCAGGUAUUAGACAGCUGUUCACCUGGGAGGAGAUAGGACUCCACUCAGGCAAAGGGAACUCUAAGGAAGACAAGUGGCUUGUGAUCAGCAAGAAGGUCUAUGAUAUCAGUCACUUCCAUCGGUUGCAUCCUGGGGGCUCACGUGUCAUCAGGCACUAUGCAGGACAAGACGCCACGGAUGCCUUCAGUGCUUUCCACAAGGAGGAGGACUUAGUAAGGAAAUACUUGCAUUCCUUACUAAUUGGAGAACUGGCACCUGAUCAACCCAGCUGUGAGCCCACCAAAAAUGAAAUGCUGACAAAUGAUUUUCAUGAAUUGCUUGCAACAGUCAAGAAGAUGGGACUCCUAAAGUCCAGCUACCCAUUCUUCCUCUUCAUGUUUCUGCAUGCUUUCAUGCUAGAUAUAGCAGCCUGGCUCACCAUCUGGUACUUUGGAAAAUCUUGGGUGCCCUUUCUGGCAGCUGUAGGACUAUUCACGAUUGCACAGAUUCAGUAUGGGUUUCUUCAGCAUGAUUUGGGGCACAUUUCGAUCUUUGAGAAGCCCAAGUGGAAUAGGCUGGCUCAUUUCUUUGUAAUGGGAGUGCUUAAGGGUGGACCAGCGAGCCAGUGGAACCAUAUGCAUAACCAACACCACGCCAAACCCAACUGCUUUCGCAAGGACCCAGAUCUCAACAUGCAUCCCUUACUGUUUAGCCUGGGGAAGAAACUCUCUGUGGAGCUUGGAAAAAAGAAAAAGAAAUACAUGCCGUAUCAGCACCAGCACAAAUAUUUUGGCUUGCUGGCCCCACUGACCUUCACAAUUUAUGUCCAGGUGCUUAUAUUCCGUUACACAAUCCAAAGGAAAAAGUGGCUAGAGCUUGCUUUCAUUCUGAUCUUCAAUAUUCGUGUCUAUCUCAUGUAUGUUCCUUUAAUGGGAUUUAAGAGUUUAAUGGGAUUCUACUCGUUAGCAAGGUUCCUAGAAAGUAAUUGGUUUCUCUGGGUCUCACAGAUGAAUCACAUCCCAAUGAACAUUGAUUAUGAUCAGAAUUUAGACUGGGUCUCUACCCAGCUCACAGCAACAUGUAAUGUGGAUCAAUCCUGGUUCAAUGACUGGUAUACUGGGCAUCUGAACUUCCAGAUUGAGCAUCACCUUUUCCCAACCAUGCCUCGACACAACUAUUGGAAAGUGGCUCCUCUGGUGAAGUCCCUCUGUGCCAAGCAUGGCAUUAAGUACCAGUGCAAGUCUUUGUUCACAGCCUUUGUGGACAUAUUGCGUUCUUUGAAGGAUUCUGGAGAGUACUGGCAGGAUGCCUAUCUCCAUGGAUAAAGAGAAGCAAGACCCUGGCACUCUCAUCAUGCUAUCCUCACACCCCAUGAGUCAAAUGGAAAACAAACAGAAAGCAUUCCUGUGUUGCUAGGAAUAGCUCAAAUCUAAUAAUGAACUCCCCGUGACAUAAUAUAUUUCAUCUUCUCUUGCAUCACCAUGUCAUUGUGUUAAACUUUGAGUGGCUGGGUUAAAAAGACAAAAAAAUAUUUUCAAUGGUAGAAAUAGCAGCUUCACAUUCAAUCUCCUCUGAGGAAGCAAACAAGUUUCAUUUCUAUUUCUAGGUUGUACUAAAAGGGAAGUUGAAUAUCAUCAAUGGCUAGGUUGGUGGGCACAAGUGACAGGGCUUUAGCCAUAGAAAUAUGUGAAACAUGGUGCUCCCUUUCAAGGGAAGUCAGGGUAGCUCCAGACCUUCUGGGUCACCAGGGGUCAACUAAGUCCUAUUUUCUUUCAUCCUUAAAUCCAGAGGUGGCUGUUUUGAUAUUUUUAUCUGUGAUUGUCAGUUUUAAAACAUUUGGUCUAUUUUAAUAUUAUUAUCUGUGGUUGAUAAAUGAUAUGGAUAUAAUAAUAUAAAUGAAAGCUAGAUAGACACUAGGGGGAGGGAGGGAAGAAGAGGAUACUUAUAGUUAUAGAUAUAGAAAGUAACUUCUAUAGUAAUAAGUAAAUGUGCUUUCAGUAUAUUGUUCUAUCUAUAACAGCCCUUUCCAAAAGUGUAAAUGCCAACUUCCCUUUCUUGGCAGUUAGAUAAAGUUGUGUGCAGUGUUUCUAGUACUCCAGGCAAUUGUGCCUCCUUCAUACCAAUCUAGAUCAUUCCAAGAAAAGAUGUCAAGGCUACUGCUGCAGGACUUCAAGGAUGAGGCUACUGAUUAAUAUUGUGGUUUGGAUUUCCUAAGAGCAUAUUCAGAUGGAUUGAAAAACCAGAAAGUCCCAGAUUUAGUUCCUUUUAUUUCCAAUUUCAAGCUCCACGUGCAUUUUGUUUAUCUCAGAAUCUUUUCCGUCAGCUCCUGGUACAAUCCAAGACUAUUUAUACCAGCUCCCCAGAUGGUGGAUUGUUGUAACUUCUAUAUUGAUUGAUUUACUUGCCCUGCUCAACUCAGUACAUAUUAAGUAUCAGUGCAAGCCUCUAUGCACGGCCUUUGCAAAUAUUGUGAUGUCAGUAUCUUUCAAUUCUCAAGUUCUAACAGGAGGAGUGUCAGUCCAAAAGGAUGUGUGUGGAAUGUGGGAAUUUCUAGCAUGGAAGGCAUAUAGAAUAAAUUAUCAUUGCAAAAUAUUACUUCUUCCGAUAAUUACAGGGUCUAAUUUGCUAUUUGCAGCUGAGGGAAUCUGGGGAGCACUGACAGAAGGCUUAUCUCCAUGGAUAAGAAGAGUCAAAGUCGUAGGAAGGAAUGGCUUCACACUGCCCUCCAUAGGCCAAGUUGUUAGGUUCAAUUCGCAAUAUGAAUUUAAACUUGACAAAUGAGCUGGGAAAUUUUUUUUUCCUUCUCUUUUAAUCAAUACUCCCAGAAUCUUCAAGCCUGCAUAGUUAUAUUAAAACUGUACAGUUGAAAAUUCUGCAUGCUCAAAGGAAACAAAUUCUCCAAGGCCAACACUCUAAAUGUCACAAAUGUACUAAAAGGCCAAUCUAAUAUCAUUGUGAAAUGGGAGCCUGGUUCUCUUAAUCCGAAUCAGCAGCCAGGGGGAAACAUGUAGUUUGUGAUAUACCUGCAAAUGUAAACUUCACAAGUGUGGAAGCAAAGAUAGUGAUGUUAUUUUAUGAUUUGAAAAAGUACAUCCUGGGGGCUUUCACAUAGCUCUAUUGAGGAAGACCAUUGUAUAUCAAGGAGAUAGGACUGUUGUGCCACAAUUGUUCAUUCCUAUGUCUCCUCAAGGCUCUUAAGUUAUGUCUUCUUUAAGGACUGUUUUGUUGAAUUUUUUGGUCAGAACUAACUAGGAAGGUAUAUCAUUCUCUUCUUUAACAUUUCGCCUAUUGUACAAAUAAAAUAGUUUACAUUUCCA